AUGCUGAUGAGUGAUCCGGUUCCUGGUUCCUUGGGCGGACGAUCUAUUUAUUGGUGCCCCGGAGGACAAGGUAAUACCGCUUACUGUCCACGACCAACAGACCCUGAUGGUUAUAUUUACUGCUGUACUCAUGGUUAUGACAUCACCAUACCCAGCUGCUGUAGAUUUUCUACAUUUACUGGUCUAAUUUAUGCAUAUUAUUUUAGUGCUGUUAUAGCCAUAGCAAAUAAGAAAGAAAAGUUAUGCAAAUGA